UGCUCAAUAAAGAGCACAUAGCAACCUGGGCGUCUGCCACCUCUGUCCCUGCCGUCGGAUCCAGGGUCAAAGCUGAGGCCCCGGGUGAGUAGGUACUUAACACGGCCACCACCACGACCUGGAGCUAGGGCUGCUUUUAACUUAUCUUUGUAGUACAAAGGUCAGCUCAUGCCAGAUCUACAGGCUCAAGGUGAGCUUAAAUAAUCUAUACUUGGCUACACUUGGAAGAACCUGUUUCUAGCAAAGGCUUGAGGUCUCCCAAGGGUCCUCAACGUUCAAAAAUCCCUCUUGGGUGGAGGGAGGGUCCCAGGCUGCUAUCAGACAUCAUACCAGGAAGAACAGCUAGGCUGGCCAGCCAUGGUGGUGUGGAACCUCAGAUUCUGCCUAUGGCAACACUCUCAAGAAGAGGGGUUUGAGCCUCUGGUCACUCUCUCCUGCCUGACAGUGAUCAGUAACUCCCAAGCAUUCAACUCCUCAAAUUUUAAGAUCUCUUAGUCAAAGCACUUUCCUCCCGAGGUACCCAGUUCUAUUCUCUACCCCACAUGUAGCCAGAAGCUUCUUCCAAACCACUAAUCUGUCUAAGGCAGUUCAUUCCUCCUGCUCAUAGUUCCCACUGUUUCUCCACUAUCCCCACUAAAGCCCAAGGCUAAAAUUGGGAUGUGCACUCCAGCUCCCCAGCCUGCCUUCCCUGAGCACCUCUCAGUGCUUGCCCCCUGCUCUUCCCUACUGAUGUGGCACCAGUGGUCUCCAGUGUCAGGCUCACUCUUGCAUCACUCCCGAGAGGAGCAGCAUGCUCUGGGCAGAAGCCAGCUGCUGGCUGGAUCCCACACCCAGCUUCCAGAAUAGACUCUAAAGCGACCAUCUCCAGUUGUAGGCCAGCUGGGGUAAUAUUACCACUCAAGAGGAUGGGGUAGGAGAGUCUUGAGUUCAGUACAACAGAUUGCUUCAGAAAAUAAAAACUGAGUCUUUCCUGCCUCACACUGAUGACCAACUCAGAAUGCUUCCCCUGGCGCCAGAGGAAGCAGGAUGAGGUCUCAGCCCACUAGACCCAUAAGCCAUGGACUUAAGGAAGUACUUCUGUCACUGUCCACAGGCUUGAAUCAUGCUGGAAAAUGUGUGACCUAUGCACAGCAUAGUACCUAUUUACUUGAGAGGUAAUUGCCCUGUCGCAGGGUUCUCAGCACAUGAACGCUUGGUCCAAAGUGUCUAUCAUCCCCUUCCCCAGGACUGUAAUUAGGAACUUUAAGAGAUCUUCCCAGUUAACCACAACCCUAUGGUUAGAUUCUUUUCCUAAGACCCAUUUCGUCCUUGUGAUCCAGAAAACACCCAAUAUCUGUGUAACCCUUAUUUUAGCUUAAGUGCAUCUGAGUCUUCUAUGUGUAAAUGGUCCUAAAGAAAAUAGUCUAUUCAGGAGGUGAGGCUCAUUGCUACCUUUUUGGAGGAAGAAACACCACAAAGAAGGAUUUGGGGCGCUGGAGAGAUGGCUCAGUGGUUAAGAGCACUGGCUGCUCUUCCAGAGGUCCUGAGUUCGAUUCCCAGCAACCACAUGGUGGCUCACAACCAUCUGUAAUGAGAUCUGGUGCCCUCUUCUGGCAUGUAGACAGAACACUGUAUACAUAAUAGAUAAAUAAAUCUUAAAACAAAAACAAAAACAAAAAAAACAGAAGGAUUUGGACUUGUGAAGGUUAUGUGAGCUUCAGAACUUAAGGGGUCAGGCCAGACCCCCUGUGUGGCUAUCAGGGCUGAGCAUAAGAAGUCCUCAUUGUAGCUGUAGAUGUGUGGUUGAGAGCUUUCUCUUUAGAACUGAGAUAGAAGGGCUGCGCAUGUGGCUGGAGUACACAGAUACUCCAAGCAGCAUUUGGGAGGAAGAAUUAACAGGCUGUGUUGGUUAGCCAGGCCCCUAUUAUGGGCUCCCAAAUGGCGGCCACCAGCCCCAUGCAGGAGGAAGGGGGUGGGGAGCACUACAAGACUGAGGUCAUAAUGAGCCCAAUCUAAGUUCCUUUCUUCCCACCCCCACAGCCAGGUAACUCUCUAGCCAAGCUAGGUGACCUGCCAAGAGACUUCCUAGGAAGCGGGGACUCUGGGACCCUAUAAGUACUGACCAAGAGGGCCACAUCCCAGCUUUGGGGUGGAGCCACAAAAAGGAACCGCCACUCUAAGAGGCGGGGCCUCGUAGUCAGAGGCGGAGCUGAGAACUGAGGGCCGGUUAUCUGCCCAGAAGGCCCUCAGGGCUUUGGGGCACACUGAGGCCAGAAGGUGGCGUCGGUGCACAGGACCCGCCGCGCCCACAGGCUGCCUUCAUUGGACCACGUUGCGGUGGUGGUAGACCAAGGCUCGGGCUUCACCAAGGCGGGCUUCGCUGGGGAGAUCCAGCCGCGUGUUGUGCUGAAGAGCUCGAGUCUGAUGCCAAGUUGGGACCGGCCUGUGCUGCCCGGAGCACGGGAUUGCGAGCUGGCGGGCGGCGUGGCGCGUGCACACCCCAUCAAGCACGGUGUGGUGGUGGACUGGGACGCACUGGAGGGACUGUGGGAGCGCCUAAUGGUGGGAUGCCUGCAGGUUCGCCCCGAGCAGUGGCCUGUGCUGGUGAGCGACUCACCAUCAGCACCACCCGAGGGCAGAGAGAAGGUGGCUGAACUGCUGUUCGAGGCCCUGACAGUACCCGCGUGCCACAUGGCCAGCACGGCACUGCUGGCACUCUGCUCUACCGGAGCGUUCAGUGGGCUGGCUGUGGAGGCGGGCGCAGGCGUGUGCCACGCCACACCCGUCUACGCAGGUCACUCAUGGCACAAUGCCACCUUCCGUCUGAACGUGGCAGGCAGCACCCUGUCGCGCUACUUUCGAGACCUGCUGGUGACAGCAUCUCCUGAUCUUCCCCUGCAGGCUCUGCCCCGCAAGACCGUUACACAGCUCAAGAAACGCUGCUGCUAUGUGUCCCUGGAUUUCCAGGGUGAUAUCUGUGACCCUGCCCGCCACCAGAGGGCCUGUUUUUGCCUGGGCAAUGGCUGCUACGUGCACCUCGGCAGCGAGCGCUUCCGCUGCCCUGAACCCCUCUUCCAGCCAAGUCUCCUAGGCCACCCGGAGCCAGGACUGCCCACGCUGGCCUUCCAGGCACUGCAGAAGAUACCCACAACGCUGCGGACACGGCUGGCCAGUACGGUGGUGCUGGCUGGUGGCUCCACCCUUUUCCCCGGCUUUGUGGAGCGCAUGAAUCUGGAGCUAAAGGAACAGUGCCGGAGGCACGGGUCCCGCGCCUUGCAGCCCUGCCUGGUGGCUCAGCCUGGGCGGGGCACAGCUGUGUGGACUGGAGGUUCCAUGAUGGCCUCCUUGCACUCCCUUCAGUGCCGCUGGAUGACUCGGGCCAUGUACGAGGAGUAUGGCCCCUUUCUGGUGCGAGAAGUGUUCGACUGAGUUGUCUACGGAAGUAGAAUGGAUGGUGCCACCAGGGGUACUGCAGGAACAGAGGCGGCAGUGCUGUCCUCACAUGGAGAGUCGGAUAAACAGAUUGAAGUGUUUGCAGCUGCCGGGGUUAUAUGUGGAUGGGCUGCCCUUUGCCCGCUGGGGGCCAACACUGACCCUCAUUUUGCUUUCAUUUCAUACCCAAACCACCAGUUCAGAGAAGGUCAGUCCAGCAGGGCCAGGCUCAAAGACCAACACUUGAAAUAACUCUUACAUGAGGAAACGAGAAGCCUGUCCCUAGCUGUGUGCUCAGGUGAUCCUUGAAGCUCUCAAUUUUCCCUUGUCUGUAGAAAGUGGGGUCACAGGGCAGUGAUUAGCAUGUGCAAGAUCUUAGGGUCUAUCCUCACGUACCAAAACAAAAACAAAAACAACAAAACGGAUAGUGAGGUAAGGCCCCAGACCUGUUCACCACCCCCAGAAGGGGGAGCAGUUUCUCUCUAGUUUUUGAGACAGGAUCUCAACUAUAUGCCCAGGCUGGGUUCAGUCUCAAGUUCUCCUGCCUCUUCCAAGUGUUGGGGUUAAAAGUGUAAGCUUCUACCAGACAGUGGUGCCGCAUGCCUUUAAUCUCAAGCACUCAGGAGACAGAGGCGGGUGGUUCUCUGUGAGUUCAAGGCCAGCCUGGUCUACAGAGCAAGUUCCAAGACAGCCAGGGCUACAUAGAGAAACCAUCUCCAAAAAGAAGAAAGUAUAAGCUAAUACCUAAUCCUGGCAGAGACGGUUCUUAACACAUAAAGGGAGGGGUUUUUGUUUUGUUUUGUUUUGUUUUUUUGGUUUGUUUUGGUUUUGGUCACUAAGGGUCUGGAGCCCUGGCUGUCAAUAAUUGUUUACACAGGUUAUAAUAUAGGCCAACAAACUGGUAGGCAUAUAUAUACACACCUGCCUUCUAACAUGUCCUGAGGUUAGGCCCUGCCUCAUAGGCUCCAUGCACCUGUGGACAUGUCUGCACUCAUCUGUGUCCUAGCCCAUGCCUGCUAGAUCUUGGCUUGAGAGCUCCCAGCAAUUACAUCAGGCCAACAAAAACCUUCUAUGUUGGCUGAAUUGUUUUGGGUACUGGGAACAGAGCAAAGAACAAAACACUAGAUCUCUGCCUUUUCCUCCCCCAACAGGGUCUCACUCUAGCCAGGCUGGCCUGAAACUGACAGCCACUGUCUCCUGAGUAUUAGAUUACAGGUGUGAGCCACCAUGACCCACUAAUUGUUCGUUAUCACCUCUGGCUUAUAGAUGAAGAAACUGCGGAUCAGGGAGUAAAGGGUAGCCAUUAAGUGGGAAGACCAGAAUCUGAACCCAAGCUCCAUUUCCACAGCCCUGAGCCACGGCAGGAAAGAGUCGCACCGAGCCAUCAUUUCAGGUUCCCCAUAGGCC